AUGCGACUUAUAAAGUCUUUCGUUACAAUCUUCCCUGCCCUUAUUGCUUUCUCAAAAGCCCGCUCUGGUUUUGACAGCCAAUUCGCAAAACCCGCUGCCCAAGGUAUCAAUCGCACUGUUUUCAAACACGCAGCUACCAAGUCGUCUCUUGAAUAUGUCACCAACUCAAGAAUUUGCGAAACAACGCCUGGAGUGAAUCAAUAUUCGGGUUACCUUGACUACAGUCAAAAUGCAAGCAUGUGGUUUUGGUUCUUUGAGGCACGGAAUAAACCUAGAGAGGCCCCUCUAGUUCUUUGGCUUAAUGGCGGUCCUGGGUGUUCUUCUGAAAUCGGUGUUUUCCAAGAGAAUGGACCUUGUCAUUUCAUUGGUGAAAAUGACACUGAACCGACUCUCAAUCCGUAUUCAUGGAACGAAUACGCCAACAUGAUAUAUAUCGACCAACCAAUUGGUACAGGCUUCAGCGAGGGUGCUGAGAACGAAAUCAUCAAUUCGACUGUCGAAGCAGCUCCGUAUGUCUGGAUCUUUAUGCAAGCCUUUUUGGACAAUUUUCCAGAGUACAUGUCCCGAGAUUUUGGGCUCUUUACUGAAUCCUACGGUGGACACUAUGGUCCCAAAUUUGCAGAAUAUUUCCUUAAACAGAAUGACAAAAUUCGGGCGGGUUCUCUACACGGUCAUGAAAUUAACUUGGUUGCUCUAGGUAUCAAUAACCCUUGGAUCGAUCCUAUGUCUCAAUUCAAAGCCUAUGUAACCUACGCCUAUAAGAAUCCUUACAGGCAGAUUAUUAACGAGAGCCUCCAUGAACACUUUAUCGACUUGUACGAGAAAGAAUGUGUUCCUCUACUGGAAAAGUGUACAAACACAACCAUGCAGCUGGAAGCUUGUUCCAACGCUAGCCUCACCUGCAAUACAAUCAUGUAUGACGACUUGAUUGAAGCAAGCGGGGUCGACUUUGGCGUGAAUGAUAUUCGAAUCGGCAGUCAGGAUGUCGAUCCGGCUGAGACAUAUGUGGACUAUCUCAACCGGGAGGAUGUCCGGAAAAAGAUUGGUGCUCGCAAAGACUUCGAAGAAUGCAAUCUGAAUACUUUUUACAAAUUUGGCGAUACAGGAGACGAUGCGCGCCCGUAUUCGAAUGCACUAACCAACGUUGUGAAUCGCAAUAUGACGACACUGAUCUGGGUUGGUGACGCUGACUGGUCUUGCAGCUGGCCAGGCGUUCUCGAAGCUGUAAACUCGUUAAAUUGGCAUGGCCAAAGUGAAUUUACUUCGGCCGAAUUGAAGAAUUACACUGUUAAUGGCGAGUGCCAUGGCACGUACAGAACGAUUGACAACUUGAGCUUAUUUAAAGUGCAUGGUGCUGGGCAUUACGUUUCGUAUUACCAACCUGAAACUGCACUGCAAGUAUUUAAACAGACAAUGCAACAAAGGAGGAUUUUCUCAACUUAA